ACAAAACAAUCGUUUGUGCGUGAUAUACAAAACUCGUGAAAUCGUUAUUGCAAAUACAAGUAAAAGGCAAUGGUACAUCGAUUAGAGGUGUACACAAUAUACAAGGACAAGGCCAUUGGAUAAGUAGCUUAUGACGGAGGAACAAGAAACAGUUGAAAUUGUAGGCGAAAGCAAGUAUAUAAAUUCAGUGCGAUUGCUUGUAGUAAAGAUUUUGUUCACUCUACGCUCAAAGCAAACCUGAAAUACAACUUUGCGUUAUUUCAUGAAAAAGAAUACAAAAUAUAAAAAUGAAGAGAACACACUGCUCCAAAAUACGGUCAUUGAAAUUUCAAGAGCGGAAGAUGAGACAAGAAUUGAAUGAUACAAUGAAAGAAAUUAGCGAAGACACAAAAAAACGGGAAAAAGAAGAUGCAUAUCUUAUCGUAGGCGAACGUCAAAAGCUCGCAAAUCGUUUCCUCGACAUGCACUCAAAACUCUUACGCACUAAAGAUGAAAGAAGAAGGCAAGAGAUCAUGAAGAAUGAUGAAAGUAGCAAACAAGUAAGAAGUAAAAUUGAAAGCAGUUAUGCAAAUGCAGCUAGACGCCACAACAGAUUGCUAUGGACGACGGUUGAAUUACAACGUAUGAAAGAUGAUGAAAGUGCCAUUCGUAAAAUAGCCAAAAACAAUGAUAAACAAUUGCAAAAUAAAGAAAAAAGCAUAAAGCAAAAUAAUUUCAACAAAACUGAGGUAGUCCAAAAUGGUCGAUUCACAUCGGCAAUGACCAUGUCAGUUUCUACAAACGGGAAAGAGUCAAAUGAAAAUACCAUUCAAAGCAUUUUAAGGAAAGAAGAAAGCCAAUUUAGUCGGGAAGUCAAGAAACUCUCACCAAAUCGCAACAUGGCGGAACAUCGUCAAGUUGCAUUUGCUCCCAGUAGCUUACCAAAAUCCACGAUGCAAUAUUCCACCAAAGAGCAUGACUUUGUAAAUUUAGCCAGAAACGAGAAUCUGGAAGGAGUGCAAAAAUCCUUAUCGUCAAUGGGUUUAGAUGAUCCACGAGACCAACUCCAUAAAGCUGAUGCAUUGAAGCAAAAAUACGAUUUGACACGUGAGAUGAGGAAUUUAGCCCACGGCCAAAUGAUCUCGAGGCCAAAUCAUAACUCCUAUUGGAAGAUAGUUCCACCAUAUCGACGACCUCGUAAGAACUUUGUUCAUGUUCGAAGACCAUACGUUAUGAAAUUUUACGAAAAUAAAAUCAGCAUGGACAAAGCCAGAGAUAAUAAAGUUAAGCCAUUCUUAGUGAACGAUCACAGAUUCAAAGACAAGAAUGAAGUCCAAAUGUAUAAGUUGGCUUCAGAUCGGAUAGUUUCAACGAAAAGGAUCGAAGAGUUUUUACCAUGCAAAAUGAAACUGGAAAUUGAUGAUGAUAAAAUAAUCAAGAACAAGCAUUGAUCAUCACUAGAGCAGUUAGUUUCUCAGGCCUAAAGUAAAUAACUUGUAAUCAGUAUUUUUAAAAUGAGUCAAUGACUAUCAUGACUUAUCUUGAUCGGAAAAAUCUGUUUGACUAUAAUGAAUUUAUGCAUGCAUGUUGAUAAUAGAGCUUUAUUUAAACGGGCAUAUUUAUCGUCAAUCAAUUAAAGCUGGUUCUCACCAACAUAAGUACGAACAUGCAUGCAACAAAUAUUAUAAUGAAGAUAAAACUAUCAAAAACUGACUCAUCUCCUUAGAAGUUUUAUAUACAAUUGUUCAAAAUAA